AUGCAACAAAUUUUGAAACUUUUGGAUGAAAACCACUGUAUUUCUAGGUAUGCAGUAUGUGAUGACAAAGUAACUGUUCGUGAUAUUUUUUGGACUCAUCUAGAAAGUAUCAAGUUGUUCAACACGUUCCCUACUGUCCUCAUUAUUGAUGUGAUGUACAAGAUCAACAUGUAUCGAUUUUCACUUCUUGAGAUUGUUGGAUUUACGUCUACGGAGAAGACUUUUCAGUGGGAUUUGCGUUUUUGGAAUAUGAAAAAGAGGUUAACGUUACAUGAUCCUUGGAAGUGUGCAAGACUUUGUUGA